UACGGUCUCCAUGCGCCUGCCUGUAGCGCUAAUCGCGUAACUCAUCAUUCUUCCUCCUGUUCGUCCUCCUUAUCAUCCUCGUUUUUACUGACGGAGAUGUUUUCCCCCCUCCGAGUCUAUCCAAAGGCGGCAUAACCCCACGUCAGUCCCACGCAGACAUUCCCAUCCGCCCAGUGCCUCCUGUGAAGUUUUUCUCCGCUGCUGCCCAUUCGCGCUCGAGCCGCGCACAAUACAGCGGAGCAGCAGAAGAAGCACGCCUCCUUCCACAGACAUGAGCACCGAGCAGCCGGGGAGCUGCAGCUGCACGUCUGCUGGAUUCUACUAAAACUUCUCCGACUGCUUUCCGUUUUUGUUUUUGUCACUCAACAGAAGAAGAUCAACCGAAAGCGCGGGAUUGUGUUCUAUAUGCAGAAUUGUGAUUAUUUCGUGUUCCGACUGGAGAUCGAACUCCUUCAAGGGAAAGGGGAACGUCUGGAGCGCAUCGCAGUGUUAGGACUGUUCCUGUGAAUCGAGAGCCUUGGUUUUUAUUCGCUCGAUUCAGAAUGGGUUGUUGCACCGGACGAUGCACUUUGAUAUUUCUCUGCGUUUUACAGUUGCUGGCAGCAUUAGAAAGACAGAUCUUUGAUUUCCUUGGAUACCAAUGGGCACCUAUACUUGGCAACUUUCUACAUAUAAUAGUCGUCAUACUGGGUCUCUUUGGAACCAUUCAGUUCAGGCCAAAAUAUAUAAUUGUGUAUUCUGUCUGGACAGUCUUGUGGGUGGCCUGGAAUGUGUUCAUUAUCUGCUUCUAUCUUGAAGUUGGAGGCCUUUCAAAGAACACUGACCUCAUGACUUUUAACAUUUCCAUGCAUCGCUCAUGGUGGAGAGAACAUGGACCGGGCUGUGUCAGGAAAGAGGUACCUCCUCCGGUCACUCGAAGCCUUGAUGACCACUCCUUCAUCUCUGUGACUGGAUGCAUUGUCGAGUUCCAGUAUCUUGAAGUUAUUCACAGCUCGUUCCAGAUUCUGCUUGCUCUGCUUGGCUUUGUAUAUGCCUGCUAUGUGAUCAGUGUCUUUACAGAAGAAGAGGACAGCUGCAAGUACUAACAUUGAUAAGCUUUCGGAGCUUCAACAGGUCAAAUGGAAUAUCUAUAAAGCAAAUCACUAUAAACAGAAAAAGCAAGGAAAAGAAUAAAAAUAUUCCACAACUCCUAGAAGAAACAGGAAGACCGUGCUAUACCUGGACUACCGUUUGCAUCCACUUGCAGGCAUUCCAAGUUUGACCGAGUUCCUAGACUGCUGCCCGAUACUGAAAGCUCUCAAUAGAUCACAGUGUUUAAACUGCGCUUCACUUUUUGUAUUUGUUGUUAAGGUAUACUGUCCAUGAUAUCUAAUAGCAUGAGAACUUACGUUGGGAAUUUCUGGGAGAACAAAGGGAGCUGAACUGUUAUUCUCUGUAAAAUUACCACUAAGACAAGAAAACCUGCCCUGGCCUGAUUGGUAUUUAUUUAUGUAUUUAUUUCUGUAUUAAUGAAUUGUAACCUGAGCCACUAAUGUACAGGUCAGGAGGGGUUCACGUCUACACCCUUGAAAACAAAGACGGCCCAGGAAUUUACUAAACGUCAGACCAGGCCGCAUACUGUAUAUCAUGUUUACGUUCUGCAUUUUUCUCAUAUUUUGUCACAUUUGUAGUAUCAUGUUAGCCUCUCUUAUAUUUUGUGUACUGUGAUAGUUCAAUGAAACUCCAU